AACGACGUCUUUCCAAUUGUUGGUCUCCAGAUCCACGGCCUCCAGUUUUUAUUUUUUAUUUUUUAUAAAUUUCUUUUUGAUUGGAAAUUGUUGGAGAAACAGAACUGAGAGAGAGAAAGAGAGGGAGAGAGAAUAUGGAGACUGCAAUCUGUGGGAGACUAGCUCUUUCAGCCAACACCGUCUUUAAUUCCAAACCAGUAUGUGGAAUAGGGGACAGGCAGUCUCUUUGUAGAGGAGCAUAUGCCAAUCGGAACAUUCUCAUGGCUGUUUCAGCUACAGGACCAGGUAAAGGAGGAGUGUUGGAGAGGCCAGUUAUUGAGAGAACCACUCCUGGUCGAGAAUCUGAAUUUGAUCUAAGGAAAAAAAAGAAAACAACUCCACCUUACCGGGUGAUAUUGCACAAUGACAACUACAAUAAACGGGAGUAUGUUGUCCAAGUAUUGAUGAAGGUUAUUCCCGGAAUGACUCUGGACAAUGCAGUUAAUAUCAUGCAAGAAGCACACUACAAUGGUUUGUCAGUAGUGAUUAUUUGUUCUCAGGCAGAUGCAGAGGAUCAUUGCAUGCAACUAAGAGGCAAUGGGCUACUGAGUUCUAUUGAACCUGAAAGUGGUGGUUGUUGCUGAAACUAUAGCCCUAGAGAAAAAUCCCUUGGGUUUAUUACUCAUUCGAAAGUGUUAGAUUGUUGUAUAUAAAACCAAUAGUGCUCUUGUAUGAACCUCAGUCAUCCUGUGGUCAAAUUAAAGACAGCAGGGUGGUAGUAAUUUUCAAAAUAAUUAAAUAAAUAAAUUUUGUUAGAUA